AUGGACCAGACUGCCGCCCGCCGGCUUGCCAAGGCCCUGCCGAAAGUCGAGCUCCAUGCGCACCUAAGCGGAAGCAUCGAUCGUGACUGUCUGCACGAGAUUUGGGCUCGCCGACGGCAGGCAGAUGACCGCUUCGACCUGCAGGACCCGCUGGACGCCAUCCCGCCCGGCAAAGUCGACUACGACCUCAACACCUUUUUCCCGUUGUUUUCUUCAUACAUCUACAAGCUGUGCAGUGACGUAGAAAGUAUCAAGUACUCCACACUCUCGGUGCUCGAGUCAUUCCGUCGGGAUAACGUCGUGCACUUGGAGUUGAGGACAACGCCACGCGCCAUUCCAGACCAAGAAAUCACAAAGAAGCAAUAUGUGGAGACGAUACUCGCCUGUAUCGAGGAGCACAAUGCCCUCCCCUCGAACACGAUGCGUACAGGGCUUAUCCUGUCCGUGGACCGCCGAAACUCCUUAGCCGAAGCUGAGGAAGUUGUCAGUUUGGCAUUGUUAUUCAAGUCGAGGGGCGUCGUCGGCAUCGACUUAUGCGGCGACCCUGUAAAAGGCGAUGUACGCAUCUUCUCCCAGGUGUUCGCAGGUGCCAAGGCUGCGGGCAUGAAAAUCACUGUCCAUUUCGCCGAGGCCGCUGCCUCCUCGACCGACACAGAACUGUGGACAUUGCUGAGCUGGUCCCCAGAUCGGAUUGGACAUGUCAUUCACGUGAAAGAAGAAAUCCGCCAGAAGAUUAUCGAACAAAAGAUUGGAGUUGAAUUAUGCAUCAGCUGCAACGUCCAUGCUAAAAUGAUCACGGGAAGCUUCCAAGACCAUCAUUUUGGGUGGUGGAGAGAUUCAGGGGUUGGGGUGGCGCUCUCAACAGACGACGUCGGUGUUUUCUGCAGUCCUCUAUCCGAAGAGUAUUGUCUGGCCAUCACACAUUUCAACUUGACUAGGGAAGAUGUCAAAAAGUUGUGUGAAGGCGUGGUGGAUGUCAUCUUUGCGAGCGACGAGGAGAAAAACCGACUGCGGGAGUUGUAUUCGUCUUGGGACGGAUGGAAUUGA